AUGAAGCAGGCUCCUUGCAAUGGCGAUUUGUUCUUUGCGCCGACAGAUGGAGACAUCAUCUGUACUGGAAUAGCAGACGCUUCAGGAAUCGUACCGGGAACAACGUGCAAGAUUAUCUGUACUGCUGCAUAUGCAACGCCAGAUGUUAUCACGUGCCAAACUGGUGGAUGGGACACAGAAUUGGACAUGGCAACUUGUGACGCCACGAAAGGAGGUCUCGGUCCAACUGCACAAAUUGGUCUAAUUCUCUUCGUUCUCGCAAGUCUCUGCGCUGGAACUUUUCUCUAUCAGAAAUUCAAAAGAAAAACGAAGUCGCCGACGAGGGGCCUAAAUUUGCCGGAGACGUUCCCGCAUGGGAUCGCGAGCGCACCACCGGAAUGGGCAAAGACGGCUUCGACAAUCUUCAAACCGUCGACUUAG